AUGUACAACAAGCUACACCUCUUUGAUCUCGAAAUUCCAGGCAAAUUCAGAUUUAUAGAAAGCGAUUUCAGCAAACGAGGAAUAAAGAUGGUUCCUCCUGUGAACACUCCUAUUGGGAAGCUCGGAUUGUCAAUUUGCAAUGACCUUCGAUUUUCCGAAUUAGCUGUAUGGAAUCGCUACAAGGGAGCAGAGAUUCUCUCCUACCCUUCAGCAUUCACACUCCAUACUGGAUUGGCUCAUUUUGAG